AUGGGCGACUUUGAGGUGCAAGACCCGACUUCGUUCUUCCAAAUCAGCGGCAACGUGAAACGCAAAGCUCGCUCGCAAUUUUCCUUUGGAUUUUUUUUUCUGCGGGGAGCUGCUGUGCCUCUGCCGAUUGGGCUUAGUCGUUGGUUGGAUUUUUGGAUCGGCAAAAUCAUUAUGGAUUCCUACAUGUCUAUGGUUGCGAGUCAUUAA